GGCAACCUGCUCAAUUACAAGUCCUGCGACGAGGUUUGGCAGCUCACUGUCAAGGAUGCGGUCUUCCGGGGGACUGACAGCGCUGCCGGUCAACAGGAUGGCACUCCUCCCCCCUCGGCCGGCGGACCCGGCACCCCGCUGACCAUCAGCUGCUUGCAGAUCGUGGCAGUGCCGGUGCCGCCCAACUUCCGUCCCGCCAACUAG